AUGACUACUACAAUAAUUCUUCCUUGUAAUUAAAAACAAAAAAACUUUAGAAACUACAUAAAAAUAAGAUUCUUAUUAGAAUUGUUAGAACAAUUCUCAUAACAAAAAGUGUAUAAAAUGUUUUCUAUUUUAGAUUUCAACUCACUUGUAAAUUCCCUGAAAAACAAAAUAGUUUGACCAUUAUGUUAAAUAUCAAUGUCUUUGAGAUCUCCUAAUUAUUGAAGUAAUUUAUUGUUUAGGAACAAAGGACAAACCUUUAAUAAUAAGUCUUCGAAUGGUUUAGGAUAAUUAAUUGGAAUAGUAACAUAAUUUUCAUUGGAAAAUUCGAUUAUUAUUGA